GUCACCUGCACUCACCUGCGCUAACCUGCGCUCACCUCAACGUCGUUUUAUUACUCGUACGAACGGUGUGACGAACGCUUCGGGCUCUCUGACUUAACGAUGAAACAACGUGAUUUCGGAAAUAUUUGAAAAUAACAUAUAUUAUCAACAAAUCAACAAUAAUACAACAGUUUAUCAGUUAUUUUAAGUUAAAUAACGACGUUAAAAUUUUGAGUAAAAAUGAUUAAAUUGUUGCAUGUUCACUUUGAAAUUUGGUUCAUCACAGAGGACAACUAAUCAUUUUUGGAUUUUUUAUUUAAUCAAAGUGCAAUAAGAAGAUAAACAAGUUUUUAUUUAAAGCUUUAUCAACUUUAAAGAAACAUCACGAUGAAACAUAUAAUUCAAGUUUUAUGUAUCGUCUGGCUUUCCAUUGGCGGAAGUCUGCAACAACAAGAAUGCUCCAAAUUAGAAUACGAUAGAUGUGUCCAAAUUGCUGAUCCUUUGGUACGAGAAGCACACCUCGUCUUCCCUGACAAUAUGGACGACAUUGAUCUGGUAUGCCGCACAUGGAAUCAAUUUGUUGAUUGUCUCAAGAGUUAUACAGAGCGUUGCUUUACUGAUCAACAAAGAAGACAGUUCAACAAAGCCGUGGAAAAUCCCAUUGAGAGCGUUCAUCAGAUGUGUAUGCAACCACAAUAUCAAAAAGAAUAUCUGCAAUAUGCGCCAUGCAUUAAAGGAACAAUCAUCGAUAAGAAUAGAUGUGGACCCCAUUAUAGUCUCUUGGUAGAUCAAGUGGCUCAAGGAGAGAUUAUCUCUAAAGCCACUCUUUGCUGUUCUCAUGACAGAUUUAAGCAAUGCGUAUACCGAGAAACUCGUAAUCUUUGCGACCGAGGAGCUCAAGAUGGUCCAGCAGCAGUUUUCUCCGCGCAAAUAUUGGAAAAGGCAUUGAGUUUUCUUCAAGAACAAUGUUUUAAUUACAUACCCAAUUCUGGAGACUGUACGACGGUAAAUUCUGAUAUGUCAAUAUUCCCCGACCGCUCUGCUCCUAAAUCAACUGCACCCAGCGAGGUGUACCCUUGGAGUACAGUGAGCAAUCAACAAGAGAACAACAUCAUCUCUGGAAAAGAAGUACCGCCUCCACGGAUUGCCACGCCCAAACAGGUGCAACCUCAACAAGGGUCCCGGCCGGUCUCGUGGAUGCCAUCUUCUUCGGCUAGCAGUUUUCCAGAAAAUACAAACACGUAUCAAACAGAUUCUUCCACGCAAAUUCUUGGAUCACGUACACGUCCAGCAAGUUAUGGUCGUUCCAGUAGCUGGUCAGAAGGCAGUGGUUCGGUUGGUAGCAAUACUGUGCAACCAUACAGCCCGAGUCAGACGCCGCCUACUCCUUCAUCACCACGCCCUGAAUGGACGACUUCAUCUUGGAAUGUACACAAACCUAAUGUAAUGGAAACAACCGCAAGUCCAGAACAACCAACAAUUUUCGCAACACAUCAUGGAACAGAAACAUGGUAUCCUGCGGCAGGCAACCAACUUAGCAACGAGGUAGAUGAGCCCAACCAACAAGGCCUAAAGUAUAACAAAAACAAUAACUCCGCCUGGUCCAUAUCCUCAGGAGGAUUCUUUGAUGUCACACAAAUAGCAUCCUUGCUUUUAACAAUCAUAGUCAAUAACCGAGCAUAAUUAUUUUAACAUCAUCAAUAAUUUAUGAACUAUUGUAUUAUUGUUAUUUAUCAAAACUAAUAUAUCUCUAUAAAUGUGCACUAGUCAUAAAGAUCAAAGAUAUUUAGAAAUGUAAUUUACCAAUAAACAAAAUCUAAUUAAGAUAUAA